UGCGUUUUGAAAAUGCGGACUGAACCCCCUCAAUAAUUUUUUCUUGUUUGUUGGCUCUUUGAGUCAUAUGCUAGUAAGUCCAAAGCAAGACAUCUCUAAGGCUGAGGAUAACUCGAUGAACUGACGUCCACAACACCUCCAUCGACAGAAAAUGUCCAUUUCAAUGGCCUUGUUCUCUCCUCCUCUGCCUACCCAAGUCCUACGAUCCCUCUCCUUCAAACCCUGUUUCACCCAUAAACCCGCUCGCUUUCUCAGACCCGCUAUUCCUUCCCUUCUCCUCUCCCCUCCAAAAUCCUCCACUGACAAUGGUGCUGGAAUUUCAGCCUCUGUAGAAGAACUAAAAGCGGAGGAAAAGGUUGCUCAGCCUUCUGGGUCUGCACCGGGGGCCGAAGAGAGCACUUUGGGGUCCAAUGGCACGGUGGCGGAUGCUGAGGUGAAGCCGGAAAGUAAAUUUAUAGAACCUAGAUGGGUUGGAGGGACUUGGGACUUGAAGCAGUUUCAGAAAGAUGGGAAAACUGAUUGGGAUGCUGUAAUUGAUGCCGAGGUUAGGAGGAGAAAAUGGCUUGAGGGAAAUCCAGAAUCAUCCCGCAAUGAUGACCCUGUAGUUUUUGACACCUCAAUCAUUCCAUGGUGGGCGUGGAUAAAAAGAUUCCAUCUACCUGAAGCGGAACUACUUAAUGGCCGUGCUGCGAUGAUCGGAUUCUUUAUGGCUUACUUUGUGGAUAGUUUGACUGGUGUUGGUCUAGUUGAUCAAAUGAGCAACUUCUUCUGCAAGACUUUAUUGUUCGUAGCUGUGGCAGGAGUAAUUCUAAUCCGAAAGAAUGAGGAUAUAGAAACUCUAAAAAAGUUGCUGGAUGAGACAACCUUUUAUGACAAGCAAUGGCAAGCAACCUGGCAAGAUGAGACCCCUAGUAGUUCCAAAACUGAGUAGCUAGAUUUUAUGAAGUUUUUAAUCGUGUAUUUGCAGAGGGCAAUAUGAUUUUAAUUUGGAUCCCACUUUAGUCAAGCUUUUCUUGAGGUUUGCACGCAUAUCAUGUUUCCUUCAUGAAUUUGAUGCUUGUGAAAUAAUUGUUGAUGACAAAUCUAGAAUCAGAUGUUGAUGUAGCUGAAUUUCCUUCAGCUUCCAUGAUAA